UAACCACAAAAAAAAAAAAAAAAAAAAAAAAACGCGCUUUGCUUCUUCCUCUUCCCUCUUGCUUUCCAUUCUCCUGCUCGAAUCUCACGUUUUUGCUCUCUCAGAUCUGAAGAGCUCUCGCCCCAAGAUCCGCCUCGGGUUCCUUCUCUGUGCUCGUAAUCUGUCCUUGACUGCCUGGGGCAGCCUUAGAUCUCAGGGAGCGGCGCCUCCUCUGGGCCUUUUGAUCCUUCCAGUUGAGAUCCGCAGGAGCUCAGGACUGGAGAUCUAUUCUAAUCGAGCUGCUUCGAAGAUUACUCCUGGGACUUGAAUAAGAAGGUGGUUAUUAUACUCAAAGAGUCUCCUUGCUUUUCACCUGAAAAAAGUAGUAUUUUGCUCGUUUAUUUAACACUGUCCCGGAUUAGAUGCUUCGUCCUCGUUGAUUAAAGAUUCAAGGGUAGUCUUAUAAGUUGCGAUUCUGUUGAGCUUAAGAUCCAGCGGGAGAUCCUACUUCAAAAUAGUCUCUGAGUUUCGAUUGUUAGAAUCUAGGGGAGCAAGAUAUUUGCUCUUCGCUGAUUGCUGAAAAAUCUUCUUUUAUUCAGUUUCAAUCCCCCUCCCCCCUCCUCCUGUAUCGUAGUUUCUGUGAAGUGGUUGUUUGCCUUGUUUUGAGGAAAACAGUGAUCUAGAUCGUUAGAAUUCCAUUGAAAUAAGAAUAGAGUAUUGGAAGAUGAAUGGCUUGUUCAUGCACUAGUAGAGUCAAGUAGGUAAUUUCAACUUUUAAGUCUCAUUUCCUGGGGUUACCAUUUGCCUGUGUCAAUCAUGUGGAAAUUGAAGCAGUUCAUGCCAAAAGAGACAAAUGGCUUAGAAGGCCGCAUGAUUGAAGUUGGUAAUGUAAGGAUACAAGUCCGCAAUGUAAUUGCGGAAGGAGGCUUCUCUUGCGUUUACCUAGCUCGUGAUGUUGUGAACCUCACAAAGCAAUAUGCUCUGAAGCACAUGAUUUGUCAAGACGAGGAGUCACUCAAUUUAGCAAAAAAAGAGAUAUCUGUGAUGAAGACGCUAAAAGGACAUCCAAAUGUGGUUGCACUAGUUGCACAUGCUAUCUUUGACAUGGGCCGGGUGAAUGAGGUGUUUCUUGUGAUGGAUUUCUGUGAGAAGUCACUGCCCACAGUGUUGGAGAACAGAGGAGCUGGCUACUAUGAGGAGAAGCAAAUCCUUCUGAUAUUCCGGGAUGUAUGCAAUGCUGUCUUUGCCUUGCAUUCUCAGAUGCCACCUAUUGCUCAUAGAGAUAUAAAAGCUGAAAAUGUUCUGCUUGGAGCAGAUGGAGCUUGGAAGUUGUGUGACUUUGGCAGCACCUCAACAAAUCACAAGUGCUUUGACAGGCCAGAGGAGAUGGGUAUCGAAGAAGACAAUAUACGGAAGUACACUACUCCAGCUUAUAGAGCACCCGAGAUGUGGGAUCUGUACAGAAAGGAAGUUAUCAGUGAGAAAGUAGAUAUUUGGGCACUGGGAUGCCUUUUGUACAGAAUCUGCUAUUUCAAAUCUGCAUUUGAUGGCGAAUCAAAACUUCAGAUUCUUAAUGGAAAUUAUAGGAUCCCUGAAUUACCAAAGUAUAGGAGCUGUAUCACAAAACUUAUUCAGGAUAUGCUUCAAGGGCCUCCAGAUUCUAGGCCUGACAUAACUCAGGUGUGGUUCAGGGUGAAUGAACUAUUGCCUGUGGAGUUGCAGAAGGAUUUACCUGAUAGCUCAACAGUAGGAACGCAAUCUAGCUCAUCAGGUCCACAAGACAAUGCUCAAAGGAAAACUCAUUUGAUGCCCCGUCGAAGCCCUCCUCCUCCACCAUCUAAAGAACUUGCCCAAAAUGUCUCAUCCAUGGACACUGAAAAUUCCAGGUCUACCCAGAGCAGAAACGGGAAUCCUUUGGGUACAUUUUGGUCGACCCAACAUUCUCAGGAUUCAGUCAGUUCACAAGCGACGGGGGACAAGGGGCCUGUGUUCGAUGAAGAGCCUAUCCACCAACCAAAGCUCAAGCGCAAUCCAGCAAACAAUUCCAGGGAUCAACAAACUGUAAGUCCACCUAGGCACUCUGUCAAAAGUUACGAAGCUGGUUCCAGUGAGGAUUUUGAAAUAAGAUUUUCUCCAAAUGGGUCUGAAUAUGGUCCGGAAAAAAAUAAACCAUCCAAUUCUCAAAGUAAAGCCGUCUUCCAAGACCAGGCAUUCAAUGCAUUUGUGGCAGAGUUUGAUACGAAUAAGUUCAACUCCAGCAAUGCUGUUGUUGGUGCAAGUGAUAAGGACCUGGAAUCAGAGUUGAGUAGGUUGAAGCAGGAGCUGAAGCAAGUUAACUUGGAGAAGCAAGAAAUGACUGCUAAAUAUGAGAAAUUGACUGCCAUCUGCCGCUCUCAGCGGCAGGAGAUCCAGGAGCUCAAGCGAACUAUUGCUGCUGCAAGCUCCUCUCCUGCAAUCAAAGAGCCUAUGUCUCAGUCAUCUCCUGGAAGCUCAUUUUCAGAUACUCCGCCUAAGGAGAAGAUAGAGGGAAACUUGCAUGAACUCCAGCAAGCUGCAUUUCCAAAUAGUCCUGCCACGCCUAGUUCAGAUCCUACUCACUGGUCUGCUUUUGGUGAGGUGAAAGUCCAGACUACUCCCAAGAACAUCCAUCCAAAAUCAGUUAGGAUGAUUCGAGGAAGCAACCACAACAACAACACUACAAAGCAGCCCAGUUCAGGUUCUACCAGUGAGCCCUGGGGCUUCAAUCAAAGUAAUUUCAAGGUAGAUUCUUUUACCUCCGAAGUGCCAAAAGCAUCAGGAGGCAACACUUCGCAGCGGUUCAAUGGUGCUGGCGCAGCGAAAUCAAUGGAGACAAACCAGCCUUCUGGAUGGACCGGAUUCUAGAAUUCGGUUGAGCUAUUAAAUGUUGCUUGUGUGACUAUAAGUAAAGCUUGUAAUCUCGAGGUGAGGUACACAAUUUCAUCCUUUUAUCAUUCAUGGGGGAGAAGAGAGAAGGAUCCAAUUCAUAUAUCAACAACAACAGUCUGUAACUACUGCAAUAGUUCUAUAUUUAUAAGAUUUGCUCUUUCUCGAGUACA